CACAAAACAAAAACGUUUGACACAAAUCUUUUUACGCGAAAAUAAAAGGAGAUUUUCUACAGUAAUUAAUUAGUUGUUAAUUCAACCGUCAAUUGUCGAGAAUGGGUAUAAGUAGUAAGACAGUGGAUUUUUUGGAUGACAUAAAUGCAAAAUACGCAACCUUGGAGUGCGAAAUUGAUCAAAAACUUGCUUCCAUUUCCAUUGAUGAAAAGAAAUUCGAAAAAAUGUUUUCUUCAAAACGUGUUACGUUCGAAGACAGACCGAACAAAGCGUGUACGAAUUUGGAAUCAGCGAAACGACGGAAUGCUGAACUCAUUAAGGAACUGGAAAUAUCGAAAGCCCGAUUACGAUCCCGGGCUACAUAUAGUCCCCUCGAACAAGUGCUGAAUAAAGCUAUAGAAAACUAUGUAACCAAUUCGGAAUUACCUCAAUCAACAAUCCGAAAAAGAUAUGGUCCCACGUAUGUCUAAAGUACGCAUGAAAUUGCAAAAUUACUGCGUGAAAACUGGAAGUAGAUAAUUUCUUAUUGAAGUUGUGACGAGCCAUUUUACCUUCUUUUGAUGAAAUGUUUUUAAGAUUCA